CUGUAUUUUCCAGAUGGCAUCACCAUAGUCGAAGACUUAACAAAACGAAGGGAACCACUCCCUAGCCUAGAAGCGAUCUACAUCAUAGAGCCGACUAGUGAAUCGAUCGACUGCCUCAUUAGCGACUAUGCCGGGCGAAGUCAGUAUAAAUGCGCCCAUGUUUUCUUCACAGCGACAUGUCCCGAAGAUCUUUUUUCGAAGCUGUCUCACAAUUCUGUAGCCCAUCAUAUCAAAACAUUGAAAGAAAUCAAUAUUGGCUUUAUUCCUUAUGAGAGUCAGGUAAAUGACGUUGUUUUGCCGUUUUUUGGAAGUCAAAAUGUAUUUUUACAGGUUUUCUCAUAUCGUGCCGAGUUUGAACUUAACUUCGACCUUGCCCAACUUGUACAACAAAAAUUAGACGCAUACAAAGCAGAUGAUCCUGAAAUGGGUGAAGGCGGUGGAAAAGCUAAAAGCCAGCUGCUAAUAAUAGGUCAGUGACU